UUGGAACUGUUACUACUGAUAAUUCAGUUAUUUCAUGUAUUCAAUUUUCUUAUACUUAUUUUGCGAGAUCUGAUUCAAUUUUUCCGUGCCUAAUCGAAUGCCAAUUUUUCUUUGUUGCAUCGUGAUUUCCCCCUCAAAUUCACUUUCCACUUGAUGUGAGUUGAAUUACAAUCAGAUUAGGUGGUCCUCAACUCCAUCUUGUGAUUGCCGGGUGGGAGGGGGAGGCACGCAAUGAAUGUUUUAGGUGAUAACUUUAUUGACAAAAUUGGCUUGAUAGCAUAACCUGCAAUUGGAAGCAUGCGAGUCAGAGAAACUUUGAAGAGCUUACAGCUUAAUUAGAUAGAAUUUUGACUUCUGGAGUCAAUGAGGCUACACAGGCUUUUGGUCUGAAUGCACUUCUCUCAUUGACGUUGCUACCCCAUUGGUUAUCUUGAAGAAGUGUAUAUUAGGUCACAUUUUAUUCUCGGGAAAGCUGACUAGAAGCAAUAAUUCGUUGAGUAUUAGCUUAUUUUGGUGAUUUCACGGAUAUCGUGACAUUUGAGGAGAUCAUUUGGUUAAACGGAAUAUGAGUUGUCUUGGCUGUUGUGGAGAUGAUGAGAUCAAUAGAAAUGCUGACGGUGGAGGCCCGUACCCAGUAAAAACCUCAGCUGGCAAUGCUGGGAAUUAUCACACUGCUGAAGCCACAUCUAAAGAUCAAGCUGUGAAAAUACAGCCUAUUGCUGUCCCAUCAAUUCCCGUGGAUGAACUCAAGGAAGUUACAAGUAACUUUAGCACAGAUUCUUUAAUAGGAGAAGGCUCAUAUGGAAGAGUUUAUUACGGAAUUCUUACUAAUGGUCGAGCUGCAGCCAUAAAGAAGUUGGAUGCCAGCAAACAACCAGAUGAUGAAUUCUUAGCUCAGGUAUCUAUGGUGUCAAGGCUGAAGCAUGAUAAUUUUGUGGAGCUACUUGGUUAUUCUGUUGAUGGAAAUCAACGUAUUCUGGCAUAUGAAUUUGCAUCUAAUGGAUCUCUUCAUGACAUUCUUCACGGAAGAAAAGGUGUUAAAGGAGCGCAGCCUGGUCCUCUUCUUUCUUGGGCUCAACGUGUUAAAAUUGCUGUAGGUGCUGCUAAGGGCCUUGAAUAUCUUCACGAAAAAGCAGACCCUCAUAUUGUCCACCGUGAUAUAAAGUCCAGCAAUGUACUGAUUUUUGACGAUGAUGUAGCUAAGAUUGCUGAUUUUGAUCUAUCAAAUCAAGCUCCUGAUAUGGCAGCACGUCUUCACUCUACUCGUGUCCUUGGGACAUUUGGAUAUCAUGCUCCAGAAUAUGCUAUGACUGGACAGCUGAACUCAAAGAGUGAUGUUUAUAGCUUUGGUGUUGUCCUUCUGGAGCUCCUUACUGGCCGCAAACCCGUUGAUCAUACAUUACCUCGUGGGCAGCAAAGCUUAGUAACAUGGGCUACACCUAAACUGAGUGAAGAUAAGGUUCGGCAAUGCGUUGAUGAGAGACUACAAGGAGACUAUCCUCCUAAGGCUGUCGCUAAGAUGGCUGCUGUUGCUGCCUUGUGCGUACAGUAUGAAGCUGAUUUUCGGCCAAAUAUGAGCAUUGUGGUGAAAGCGCUCCAGCCUCUGUUAAAUACUCGUGCUGGACCUACUGGUGAAGCUGGAUUGACAUGAACCCUGAAUCAGAAAGAUAUCCCCUCUCUCUCUCUCAUGUUCGUGAUUGUUUAAAUUAAACGAGUCCCCUGAGGCGUGUAUUGUUUCCAUUGUUUUUCCCUCGCCAACGUAUCGUGUAUUAUAAUAGACUUGAAAAUCUAUGUAUUUGACAUUCUUUCAAUAUGUGAUACUCCAUUUGCCUACCA